AUGGAAUUUGAAAAUAUGGAAUCGGAAAAUGCAGAAGUUGAAAAUAUGGAAACUGAAAAUAUGGGAUCCGAAAAUAUGGAAACUGAAACCAUUUCCUCAGUUUCAGCCCUGCAGGCUCUCUCUAAGAUACUUUAUCCGGAAGAGGAUGAUUUUGAGUCAGGACAGUCAAGUAGUUCAUCUGUGAUGGGAGCCAUGGGUCCUGGGAAUAUUGGGCCACCAAAAGGAGAAGAGCUUAAAGUCACCCCUCAAACAAGUGAUGAAAAUCGUGAGGACAUCUGGAAUCCAGAGGAGGUUUCAGAAGGAGCAGAGCACGAUGAUAUGUGGGAUGUUAGAGAAGCACCAGAAUAUGAAAUUGUAUUCAAACAGCAGGUGGGAACUGAAGACAUGUUCCUGGGAUUGACCAGAAAGGAUGCUUCAACUGCAUGUUGUAAGGAUCUAGUGGUUAAAAUUAAGCUGCCAAAUAUGAACCCUUCUGAAAUUAAAAUCGACAUUCAAGAAACGGUCCUUGACCUCCGUACUCCUAAUAAGAGGCUGUUGGUAAACUUUCCCCAUCCUGUGGAAUGCGACAGUGCCAAAGCUUUCUAUAUUUUUGAAACCGAGACUCUCGAGGUCACUGUGACUAUGAAACGAGAGUUGGAUUUUAUUAAUUUCUUCUGA